UUCCAAACGGGCGUCCCUUGUCUUAAUGCCUUCACUAUUCCCUAACAAAGGCGACAUCUUCGAAGCUUAAUCUCACUUCUCUUACAGUUUCUCCUUCUUCGUUAUCUCCGCCCCCCUCAUCGUUGUUUCUUAUACUUUCCUACUUCAAAGGCCUUAACUUCACCAAUUGGCAUUCAAAAUCUUAACUUGCUUGUCUCUGUCCCUCUUCCUAGCGCCAUGUCUCAGUCCCUUCACCUCUUCAUUUCACCGUCUACUCGGACCCUGAAUUGCAGUGCAUUCCCCAACAACACUUUCCAUUCAAUUUCGAAACUUUCGUUGCCCAGGAACUUGAAUUCUCGGUUUCUGGUGACCUUCGCCUCGAAUCUGUCCAUUCGGGCCUCGUCGGGUUCGGAUCUCGAUCCUUCGUUGUUGUCUUCCCAGGCGUUGUUGUCUGACAAUGGAGCUGGUGCUGGGCUUGUGGUCACUCCGUCUCAGGGGUUGGUCUCCGAUUUGAGCUCGAUUGAGGUUGAUGCGGUGACCGAGACUGAGCUUAAGGAGAAUGGGUUCCGCAGCACGAGGCGGACCAAACUUAUCUGCACUAUUGGACCGGCGACGUGUGGGUUCGAGCAGCUUGAGGCGCUGGCAGUGGGAGGGAUGAAUGUGGCGCGAAUCAACAUGUGUCAUGGUACGCUGGAGUGGCAUAAAAUGGUGAUCGACCGCGUGCGCAGGCUCAACGAGGAGAAGGGUUUUGCUGUGGCUAUAAUGAUGGACACAGAGGGUAGUGAAAUCCAUAUGGGCGAUCUUGGUGGUGCUUCUUCAGCCAAAGCAGAGGAUGGUGAAGUUUGGACUUUCAGUGUUAGAGCCUUUGAUUCAACUCUUCCGGAACACACCAUCAAUGUAAACUAUGAUGGUUUUGCUGAAGAUGUCAGAGUUGGUGAUGAACUCCUAGUAGAUGGAGGAAUGGUUAGGUUUGAUGUGAUUGAAAAGAUUGGUCCAGAUGUUAAGUGUCGUUGUACUGAUCCUGGAUUGAUGCUGCCAAGGGCCAAUCUGACGUUUUGGAGAAAUGGGAGUCUAGUCCGAGAGAGGAAUGCUAUGCUUCCUACAAUUUCUUCAAAGGAUUGGUUGGACAUUGAUUUUGGUAUUGCUGAAGGUGUUGAUUUCAUUGCUAUAUCGUUUGUCAAGUCUGCUGAAGUUAUUAAACAUCUUAAAAGUUAUAUUGCUGCGCGAUCUCGUGAUAGUGAUAUUGCUGUCAUUGCCAAGAUAGAAAGCAUUGACUCGUUGAGGAACUUGGAGGAGAUCAUUCAUGCAUCAGAUGGGGCUAUGGUGGCAAGAGGAGAUUUGGGCGCACAGAUACCUUUAGAACAGGUUCCAUCAGCCCAGCAGAGAAUUGUUCAACUUUGCAGGCAGCUGAAUAAGCCAGUCAUCGUUGCCUCUCAGCUACUUGAGUCCAUGAUUGAAUACCCUCUACCUACGAGAGCUGAAGUAGCUGAUGUUUCAGAAGCAGUUAGGCAGAGAGCGGAUGCUUUAAUGCUUUCUGGAGAAUCAGCCAUGGGCCAAUACCCUGAGAAGGCCCUAAGUGUUUUAAGGAGUGUUAGUUUGAGGAUCGAGAGGUGGUGGAGGGAACAAAAACGUCAUGAAGUUAUGACACUUCCAUCAAUUGGGAAUUCUUUUUCAGAAAAAAUAUCUGAAGAGAUCUGCAUUUCUGCUGCUAAAAUGGCCAAUAAUUUAGAAGUAGAUGCACUUUUUGUCUACACAAAGACAGGGCACAUGGCAUCUCUGCUGUCACGUUGCCGUCCAGACUGCCCAAUCUUUGCUUUUACUUCCACUUCAUCGGUACGGAGGCGUCUGAACCUCCAGUGGGGCCUCAUACCCUUUCGCCUUAGCUUUUCCGAUGAUAUGGACAGCAACCUCAAUAAAACCUUCUCAUUGCUCAAGGCCAGAAAUUUGAUCAAAUCUGGUGACCUUGUCAUUGCUGUCUCUGAUAUGUUGCAGUCCAUACAAGUAGUGAAUGUUCCCUGAGAAGCAUGUUUCAUUUCUGCUGCAAGCAUGGCCUUAGCUGUUCUGAAUUACUUUUUGUCUAAAUAGCCCUUGGUUCAAAAUUUGCAUGCUGGUAUUGUGCUACAAUGGAGUUGAAAAGAGACUAAUCAGGAGAUAAACUAUUUUCAUGUUACAACUUUUGUGCCAUGAGAGUUGCAACUAAAAUUGUGUGGUACUCUUUACCCACAGAGUUCUUUAUUGCUUGGCAAAUUUCAUCCUUGAGGGUCAGAUGUAGUUUCUGCUUUUGCUUGCAAUCUAGCUUCUGUAUUUUUCAUUUCGUUAGGGUGAGUUCUUUUGCUUGCAAUCUAGCUUCUGUAUUUUGUUUUCUUGUAUUGCUAGCUUGUGUUAAAUAAGCUUUUUGUAUUCCAAUAAAAGAUUCUCUAGUGUUUUAGUUAAACAUGCUCAA